CCCUGUUGAGGAGCACUUAACACUUGCACAGAGGAAGGUUGGUUUUUUUAAGGGUAAAGUUUGGUCAGACUAAAGUGCAGAGAAAUGACCCACCAUCGAUUCGUCCUUCAGCUGUGGAGAUACCGUCUAACAGGUCUCAUGCUGACUAUGGGGGUCACUUUUCUUGUCAUACUUAUAGGCACUCAUCUCCUGCAGCAGUCGAGUGUUAAUAACUGGAAGAUGCCUUUGAAGAAAACAGAUGGACUAGCAACAGAUUCCAACCCACAGCAAAACCACAUAGGAGGUGACACUCGAUCCUCUAGCGCACCGUCUGAAAAUGACGCUGAUCUUUUUUAUAUACAGAGGAUAAGGACAAAUAGUCCCCCUGUAGUUUUCCUCAAGACUCACAGGACAGGUGGCAGCACUGUCCAAAAUCUGCUGUUCCGCAUGGGCGAGAGGGACGGUGCCACAUUUGCGUUUCCUCAUCACACCUACCACUUCAACUAUCCACAGAGGUAUGGAACUUCUCUAAACAGACUCAUGAGUGUAGCUGAAAGUCCACUGCCACCACUGAACAGUAUUUUACAUCUUCCUCUUUCCUCUGGUUUCAGAUUUCGUGCAGAACUUGUGGACAAGUUACCCAGCGGCUCAUCUCAGUACGACAUACUUUGUAGCCACAUGCGUCUAGAUGUGGAACAGCUGAAAAAAGUGAUGUCGUCAAAUGCCAUCUUCAUCACCAUCCUCAGGGAGCCCGUGCAGACUUUUGAGUCUGUUUUCUCCUAUUACUCCUCCUCUGUCCCUGCCUUUGCUUCAGCCAAAAAGGCAAAAGCAGAAACAUCAGGAAACAAAUCAGCUCUGUCAGUUUUUCUAGACUCUCCUCAGACCUUCUGGGACCCUAAAGAAUUCAAUAAUGGCCUGGGAAAGAACCCCAUGAGCUUUGAUUUGGGUCUCAACAGCCGCAUGUGGAACUCCUCAUGGCUGGCUGACCUGACUCUGCUGGAGGAGGCCUUCCAACUGGUCAUGAUUGCAGAGCAUUUUGAUGAGUCUCUAGUCCUCCUGGGGGCCCUGCUGAAACUGGAGCUUGAGGAACUGGCUUAUGUGCGCCUCAACAGCCGCUCCGCAAAAGAUAUAACCCUGCUGGAUGAGGUAACCAAAGUCAAGAUAAGAACCUGGAACAACCUGGACGUGCUGCUCUAUGACUUCUUCCUGCAGGUGUUCUGGGAGAAGGCGGGGCAGUAUGGGUUGGAGAGGCUCAGGAGGGAGGUGGGGCUCCUGAGGGCCUCCACAGAGAGAAUCAGACAGAAAUGUGUAGCCAAGUCAGGGGUUCCACCUGAUCAACUAGAGGACUUAGUGAGACCCUCACAGAUUGGUUCAGCCACGAUACUGGGUCAUCAGGUACAAAGAAACCUGACAAAGCAGGAUCAAGGAUUCUGUACACGACUGGUCCUGCAUGAACUCCAGUAUCACGCACAUCUCUAUUACCAGCAGUACGCACGAGACAUGGGGCUUGCACCUACACAGUAACAGACAGAAAAACUCAUGAUGCAUUAAA